UGGUCUCGAACUCCUGGACCUCAACUGAUGCGCCUCGGCCUCCCGAAAUGCUGGGAUUACAGGCGUGAGCCACCACGCCCGGCCUAGGUUUGUCACAAUCUUUUAAGAAUAUCUCUGCAACCAAUUAAAGUGUUUGCUUUAUUAUCUUUCUAUUCUGCUUAAAAAUUUGGAAUGCUCUAUUAUAGGGAAAAUUACUUUGGGUGAAUUACUCAAUAUAUUUUUUUAAUGCAGUAGCAUAGAUUGCUUAAUGAUCCAGACUCUAAUUAGUAAAAAUGUUUCUCAAAAUAAAAUGUAUUAAUAUUUAGGGAGGGAGAAGAAUAAAUGAGCUUCCCCCCACUUCCUUUUUACUGUAGUAAUAUUUAAAAAGUAAUACGUGUAGGCAGAUUUUAAAAAAUCAAGUAUUACAGACAGACUUAUAAGGAAAAGCAGCCAUUCUUUGCCCGGCUUCUCUAUACCCUUGUUUUAUUCUCCAGAGGACCAUUUUUCACUUUCUUAGCUGUUCGUGGUUUCCUCUGUACUUUUUAAUCAUAUGUCUCUAUCACAAGUUGUUGACUGAAAUAAAUGUAUGUCAAUUAAACUAUACUGAGUCUAAAAGUUGUACUUAGAACACUGGUAGGGGGAAUUAAAUUUAUACUGCUGUAUCUCUAGUAAGGAUUAAGGGACGCAUCAGUAGUAGUAACCCACCCAAGAGGUAUCGCUGUGUUUGAUUUUAAAGGAAGCCACUACUUAAUCAGUGGUUUUGACACUUGUCUGAAAACAGGUGGGUAUUAACAGAAGGGGAUAGUCUAUUGGAGUACAGAAAAAGAGAACAUAGAGAUAUAUGCAGAAAUGAAGGGCCUAAAAAAAGUAUAGCAAAUAAUUUUUUUUUUUUUUUGGUGUAGACAGGGUUUCACCAUGUUUCCCAGGCUGGUCUUGAACUGCUGGGUUCAUGAGCUCAAGCGAUCCACCCACCUUGGCCUCCCAAAUCACUCCUAAAGUAGCUCAGGCGUGAGCCACUCACUGUGCUCCGCCGCAAAUUAACUUUUAUAGAGGGAUUGUUGGUAAUUUUUAUAUUCUGUUAUGUAAUAUACAACACUACCCAAAUAAAAUAAAUAAUGAAUUUGGUAGACAUCAACAUUGUGGUUAUUAGAGAAGCGCAUUCUCUUGUGCAUUGGAGAUAGUGCUUAGGUGUUUUCUUGGCCUGAAUGGAAUAUUCCUCAGGACUCUUGAUUUUUGCACUCAUCAGGCAACAUUUUUGACUUAUUAGUUCAGCUUCCUAUAGUCUUUUAUUUCAGGGAUGGUAUGUUUUGAUAGAAUAUGUAAGUAUUCAGGUCACUAGAUAGUGUAUUUCUUUAUUAUAAAUAGAUAAACUUGUAAACUGGUUUAUACAUCAAUACCGUGUAAAUUUGUUUAGUGUGUGUUCAACUGGGUACAGUGAUAAUAAAAUUAUUUCUGGCUCUGAAACCCAGAUCCUGAACCACUUAAUGUAAUGUUAAAGUUAAUGACUUCUCUUUGUGCGACAACUACUUCUCUGUACUCAUCUGACUUUUCUUUUUUUGUUCAAGAGGAAUAAUAUGCACUAAAACUAUACCAAAAUCAUAUAGCAUGCAUGUGGCAUUUCUUUGAAGAUCUUUAAAGACAACAGGAGAAUAAAUGCGUGAGUUCUGAUGUUCAGUCAGUGAACUCGGAGGUUCACAGAACCCCAGGAUUCUGUUCCGGAUUCCAUUCAGCAACCUGCCUGCCACCCGCUCUCACCCCCGCAGUUAUACGAAGGAAACCAAAUGAAUGGGAAGCAGUAUAUUUUCAGUUACUCUCUAAAAGAUGUUAAAUUUUUAUGUAACCAGAAAAGAGAGAAUCUAGAACUUGCAGUUUCCUAAGGAAAAUUUGCUACCUGGACUCAAAGUUUAAAUCUAGGUUUUUGUUUUUUAACUUAUUAUUAUUUUUUAUGCUAUCUCCUACAGGAAGGAUAGCUUAUUUUUUCUUUUACGCGUUUGGUGAUUAAUAAAUAUAAUUUUACCUCAAGUGUAAUGUCAUCAAUAAUUGACUGCAAAAAUAAGCUGAUAGAAUUAAAAUUUCAGUUUGUACCUUUCAUUGGUAAAGUAACCAGAAAUCUUUGUGGCUAAUAUGUUUUUAUGUUUCAUUUAAUGAAGAUUAGAAGAGGAGCCAUGUCAGAAGAAACAGUAAGUGAAUCACAGUUUUCAUUGAGGACAGCCGCCCUAAGAGUGUUUGAUCUUCCUCUGACUUGGUACUAUUCUCUCUCCCAGAUCAAAUUUUCUCCAGUGGCUAAAAAGUUGUUUGUGGUAACUGCAGUGAGUGCUAUAUCUGUAAUUUUUCUGGCCCAUCACUUUAAAAGAAAACGUGGAAAGAAGAAAGGAAAAAUACUACCAUGGGAACCAGAGCACCUCAUACUUGAGUACACUAAAAGAGCAGCAUCAGACAAAGGUUCAAGUUGUUCCAGUAGCAGACAGAAUUUGACAUUAUCUUUAAGUUCUACCAAAGACAAAGGAUCUCAAGCUUGUAACUAUGCUAAUGGAGGACUUUUCAGUAAAUAUUCGGGUUCUGCACAGAGUUUGGCCUCCGUCCAGAGUGUCAAUUCUUGUCAUAGCUGUGCCUGUGGCAAUUCUAAUUCCUGGGACAAAGCAGAUGAAGAUGAUAUUAAACUUGUUAAUAUUCCUGUGACUACUCCAGAGAACUUAUACUUAAUGGGUAUGGAAUUGUUUGAAGAGGCAUUGCGUCGAUGGGAACAAGCUCUAACCUUUCGCAAUAGACAGGCUGAAGAUGAAGCCUGUGGUUCCAUUAAACUGGGUGCAGGAGAUGCCAUUGCUGAAGAAAAUGUAGAUGAUAUUAUUAGUACUGAAUUUAUCCAUAAACUCGAAGCUCUACUGCAAAGAGCCUAUCGUCUCCAAGAGGAGUUCGAAGCUACCCUUGGGGCAUCUGAUCCUAAUUCCCUUGCUGAUGACAUUGAUAAAGAUACAGAUAUCACCAUGAAGGGUAAUGUGGAUGACUUUGGCCUGCGAGACACCUUGAGCGUCGCAUCCACGGAUUCCUUUGCUUCAGCAGCAGAGCUUGCAGAACACAGAGAAGUACGGCAUACCUACAGCCUGGAGUCCCUUUGUCACUGCCCAUUUUACGAGGAAGCCAUGCAUUUAGUUGAAGAAGGAAAAAUUUACUCCAGAGUACUGAGAACUGAAAUGUUGGAGUGCCUAGGAGACAGUGAUUUUCUUGCCAAACUUCACUGUAUUCGACAGGCUUUUCAGGUAAUUCUUUCAGAGUCAGCCAACAGGAUAUUCCUCGCUGAGAGUGGAAGGAAAAUUUUAUCAGCUUUAAUUGUGAAAGCACGAAAGAAUCCAAAGAAGUUUGAAGAUGUUUUUGAUGAAAUGAUCUAUUUUUUAGAGCAGACCGAUCACUGGGGUAGUACUGAAAUGGAACUUGCUGCUAGAGGGGUGAAAAAUCUAAAUUUUUAUGAUGUUGUUCUGGAUUUUAUAUUAAUGGAUUCCUUUGAAGAUUUGGAAAACCCACCCACAUCCAUACAGAAUGUAGUAAAUAAUCGAUGGCUAAACUCAUCCUUCAAAGAAACAGCUGUGGCUUCAAGUUGUUGGUCGGUGCUGAAACAGAAAAGACAACAGAUGAAGAAUCAAGUUCUUUUAUUUCUCAAAGACAUUUUUGACUUUGAGAAGGUGCGCUAUUCAAGCACAGAGACGCUAGCUGAAGACCUCAUGCAGUUACUCAUUCGCCGCACUGAGCUUCUAAUGGCCUAUCUUGAAGCAGAUGCCCUGAGGCAUACGAGUAGUUGUCUAAGUAGUCAUGGUCAUGUUAUGUCCACUGGGCUACUGGAAGCCAAAGUACAAUAAGUACCGUAAGAAUCCUGCAAUUUGAGUGUGCUAUGAAAUAUUUUAAGGUAACUAUUGAUUUUGUAACAUAUAUUACAGAACCAACAGAAUUGGUGCAUGUGGAUUCAGGAGGAAAAAAAAUCUAGUAAAAAAUGAGCAACUGUACUGUAUUUAUACAGAAGUUCUGUCAUUGAAUUCCUGUGUAGUGUAGUCAUAGUGGCUUUUUGCACUUAUUAGGUAAUAAUCAAAAUUGUGAAAUGUAUCUUUUACAAAAAUAUUGCUUGAAUUGAAGCCAAUAUUUGGGAGUUAAUUGGUUUGUCUUCUUGAAGCUGUCAUUCUCAAAAGCUCUGUUUUUAUGUUUUGCACCUUUAAAAUGUACACUUUAGCCAAGAUCUUUGUGACCCACACAUGAAAGAAUAUAUUACUCCUAGUGUCAGUAUAUUUAACUUUGCCUAGAAACAUAUUUUUAAUUAUAAAGUUAUUUGUUUAAUCAAGUUUAGGCAGUAACGAUGUUUAACAUGUACUGCAUACAUUAUUACUUGUGCAUUUGCUUAUGUAUUUGAAUCAAAGAAAUUGUAAUCACUGAAUAUUGUUAUAGACUAUUUAAAUGGGCCACUUGUAGUGGCUCAUGCCUGUAAUACUUCGGGGGGCUGAGGCAGGAGGGUAGUUUGAAGCUAGGAGGUUGAGACUAGCCUGGACAACAUGAGGAGACACCUGUCUCUACAAAAAAAUAAAAAUAAAUUAGCUGGUAUCAAGCAGAGUUCCAUGGAAAUAUUAAAAUUUAAAAGUAAAAAUAAAAAUAG